GAAUUCGAUGCUGAUUUUAAUCAUAUAGGUUUUUCUUCAAAGUUUUUUGAGCCGAUGGCAUCGCUUAUCCACGUCCUUUUGCUUGAUAAGAAGUUAACUUUGGCUCAAUUUACAUUCGCUGCCACCACUCCUAGACUCCAAUGCCCAUGUCAUUACUUAUUGGCCUACGUCCUUUAUGUGGUAACGUAUGGCUUAGCAAUAAUGCAUACACACGCAGUAAUUUUCUUUUUAAACGCAUUAACUUCCGUUAUAACAUGUUAAAGAUCUUUUUUCAUCUUAAAAUCAAAAGUCAUAUGAAUAAUUAAAGGCAGGUAUUUCCUGACAGUAUCAGACGGUUAGUAUAGAAUCAUUUAGUUGCUUCAUUACUAGUCAGUUAUUGAUAUUGUGUGAUUGUGGUUAAUUUAACAUACAUCAAAGAUUUCAGACUCAUUUUGCUUAAAAAAAUGUGUUCUAGUGCAUUAAAUUUACAUUUUCCGCACUUGAAAUGUGCAAGACAAUGGCGCGUAUUAUAUUCAUUAACAUGUAAUUAAAACUCUCACAUUAUUUACAUGUUUGUCAGCAUUAAUUUACAUGUGAAUUAAAAUCAUUUAUAAUGACUUGCAUUUAACGUGUGUUAGUCAAAUUUGUUAACUCGUUUCGAAAUGCAUUCGAGUUACUUUUUCGCGUUAGGGAUUGAUCUAGCACUAAAAUUACUCGCUAUAUUGUGCUUACGAAUUUUUGUUUUUCUUUUGUUUGCAGCGUAGUGAAUUCCGAGCACAAUAUGAAACAUUAUUAAAAUCAAGUCAGGUACGUGAAAACGAACUACAGUUAACAAAAGACAGACUUGCAAGAGCUGAUGGUCUAGAAGAAACUGUUCGACGUCAAGAAUUAGUUAUUGAAAAAUUAGAAGCAAUGAUCAAUACAUACAUGAAAGAAAAACGUUUGAAAGGUAGCGGAGCAUUUACCGAUGUUGAUAGAAGCUUCUUGUCAGAACAUGCCCAAGUAGGAAUAGAAACACAACAACUUCAGAGAAGAGUACCGAAGAGCAACUAUGCAACCAGUGCUCAAGACGAACUUGCUAAACAAAAUGUUAUGUAUGAACAACAAUUAGCAAACUUAAGAGCUCGGGAUCUACUUAAUCAAAUAAACAGUUUAGAUCAACCAUUUGUGUUUGAUAUAUCUGAUGCUACAGUUGGUGUUGUACAUGUUGACGAUGGUGUUGAGCAAUAUCCCUGA